ACUGGGAACCUCCAGCACUAACAGGUGUCCUCCUCCUCCUCCUCCUCCUCCUCCUCCUGCAGACCCACAGUCACAUCUCCUCGUCGCAGACUCUCUCCCUCAACUCAUCUGAACGCUGCUCUUCUUUUACUUUAUCUUGACAUCACUAUACUUCUUCCAGGAAAAUCGCAUUUUACGCACAGCUUCCAAAUGAUGCACUCGGCACAGAAAGACACCACGUUCACCAAGAUCUUUGUGGGAGGUCUUCCUUAUCACACAACCGACUCAAGUCUCAGGAAAUACUUCGAAGUGUUUGGAGACAUCGAGGAGGCUGUUGUCAUCACCGAUCGGCAGACGGGCAAAUCCAGAGGCUAUGGAUUUGUGACCAUGGCAGACCGGGCCUCUGCUGACCGAGCCUGCAAGGACCCCAACCCCAUAAUAGAUGGCAGGAAAGCCAAUGUGAACCUGGCCUACCUGGGGGCCAAGCCCAGGGUCAUACAGCCAGGUGAGGGACUGGACUACAGCUUUCUUUCCCAACUCCAAGAUAAUCAAGGAUUUGCAUUUGGCAUGCCUCAGAUCCAUCCAGCGUUCAUCCAAAGACCUUACGGAGUCCCUGCUCACUACGUCUACCCUCAGGCCUUUGUCCAACCCAGCAUGAUGAUCCCUCAUGUACAACCUUCUGCUGCUACAGCAACAGCUGCUGCUGCUGCCACUUCCCCAUACCUUGACUAUACUGGUGCAGCGUAUGCACAGUACUCUGCGGCUGCCACCGCUGCCGCCGCCGCUGCUGCAUAUGAGCAGUAUCCGUACGCGGCCUCACCAGCACCAACAAGCUACAUGACUGCUGCAGGGUAUGGAUACGCUGUCCAGCAGCCACUCGCCACUGCUGCCACCCCAGGAGCUGCCGCUGCUGCUGCCGCCUUCAGCCAGUAUCAACCUCAGCAGCUCCAGACAGAUCGCAUGCAGUAAAACCAUGAAAACUACCUUUGAGGAGGAAAGCAGGGGAGGUCACCUCCUCCCAUGAAGAGAGCGAAGUAAUGAGGGAGAAAACCAUAGGGGCUGAAUGAUGGUUGUCACACCCAGGUUUUAACUUAGCAGUCUACCAAAGAGCCUGAAGAAAAUCACCAAAAAUGUGGAGAGAAAUGAGGAAUUACUGUAUGUUUUACAAGUGAGAUCAGUAUUUUGUCGCCAUUGAAUAUAUAUGAAUAUUUAAUAUUUAUUCAACAGGAAAAUAUUUAAUGUUAAUUGAAGUAGAUUCACUGAACCUCAUGUCAACCAUUGCUGAAUUUUGUAAAUAUAUUGCAGUGGAAUUUGUAUAAAAUUUCCAAGUGCAUUAACGUCUUAUGAUCAGGUUUCUUCCCCAUUUCUCUGAAAACAAACCAAAACACUUGCAUACAUAUGAGAACAGUAUGUUACGUCAUCAUGCAGUUUUCAGUAUUUCAUAGUUUUGGACCAAUAUUUUGUUUGGUAAAGCUAUGCAGACUAUUGAUCUAGAAGAUAGGAUUGUUUUUUCAUAACUGUUUGCAGUGAGAUAGAUUAGUCACCGUCAACUAGUUCCCUUUAAAAUGUUUUUUUUCUUGAUGAAGACAAAAUGCUGAAGUGAAAGCUGAAGCUGGUAAAAGCACUCACUUUUCUUCCCUUUAAAUUGCACCUCAAGUAAACUCAGCAUAAGGGAAGAAACAUUGUUGAAUGUGAAUCUUUCAUUUUGAAAAAAUGUUUCAUAAUGUGCCUUUUUAAAUUAUGCUAUUUAUGUAUUUAUUAUGGAGCCUUAAAGUAAUAAACCCUUUAUUUUGUGUUCAUGCGUUAGUAUGAAGCCUACUAUAGAACAUGUCCACAUGUGCUGCUACGUAAUGAUCAAGAGCAUGUGAUGGAUGUUUAAACUUGGCUUAACAAAGCAAUAACACUGUGUAUAAAGAACAAAAGAUGAGUGGAAAGGUAGCAAUAAGUCCAACGCUUUUUCUGUUUUCUGUAGAUUUAAUGUUGUUGUCUCAAAUAGAUUCUUAAUUAAUGUCGCUUUUUAUACUUGACCACUUUGAUAAAGGACAGCGUGAGAACUGUUAACUUUUUCAAGUUUUUACAUUUGAUGUCAUUAGACAUUAAAUGUUUUCUAAUGCAAGGACAUCACUGUUUCACCUUGCAUUUUGUAAUGCAUGACUCAAAAUAAUGCAAAUAUUUAAUAUGUGAAAUAAAAGGAAAUUUACCUUCAA